UUUCAACAUGGCGACUCAACAACUGUGUAAGCUGUUCGUCGGCGGGCUGAACGUGGAGACCACCGAGGAGGGCCUCCGCCUGCACUUCGAACAAUACGGCGCCAUCACUGACUGCGUGGUGGUGAUCAACCACCAACUGCAGCGGUCCCGCUGCUUCGGCUUCGUUACCUACUCCACCGGCGAAGAGGCAGACGCAGCAAUGGCCGCCCGGCCGCAUGUGCUGGACGGGAACAGCGUGGAGGUGAAGAGGGCCGUAGCCCGGGAGGACGCCGGCCGGCCCGAGGCGCUGGCUAAGGUCAAGAAGGUUUUCCUCGGCGGGCUUAAAGACGAGACCGAGGAGAGCCAUCUGCUUGAAUACUUCGGCCAGUUUGGGGUAGUGGAGAAGGCCGAGAUCAUCUCCGACAAGCUGACCGGGAAGAAGCGCGGCUUCGGCUUUGUCUACUUCGACGACAACGACUCCGCGGACAAGGCCGUGCUACUGAAGUACCACACCAUCAACGGGCAUAAAGUUGAGGUGAAGAAGGCGCUCACCAAGCAGGAGGUGCUUGCGGCGGGCGGUCGCGGUGGCCGUGGAGGCCGUGGCGGACGAGGCGUGUACAACGGCUACGGCGGCGGGAGAGGGGGCGGCGGCGGUGGUGGCUACGGCGGUGGCGGCGGCUACGGCGGCGGCUACAACGACGGUGGCUACGGCGGCGGCUACGGAAACGGAGGGUACGGCGGUGGGGGAUACGGGGCGGGCGGCUACGGGCAGAUGGCGGGGGCCGGUGGCGGCUACGGGAACGGUUACAAUGACUUUGGCGGGGACUACGGACAGCAGUCUUCGGCGUACGGCGCCAUGAAGGGGGGGAACUAUGCCAACCGGAACGCGGCCCCGUACCCCCGCGGUGGUGGCGGCGGGGCGGGCGGCGGCGCGUACGGAAGAGGCAACUUCAGCGGUUAUUAGAUAUGACGGUGAUAUGACGUCAUGUCCGUGGGAAAAUGUUGAUCACAAUAAACUGAAUUUACACACAAGGCGCUCUGGGUCUCUGAGGAGCGACAAGCAGAAUGACUCCAACCCCCCCAACCCUCAUCUGUGGAAGACAUUGUGGACUUUGCAUACCAAGAAUUGCUAAAAAAUGAUGUAAUUUAUAAUGUGGGCUUUAGUUUGACAGUUAUCAGAUAGGUUUAGAUGGAGAUGUACCAGAUGACUGGUGGCAUCGCGAACUCAGGGCCUUUAGUCUGCGUUAGGAUCUUAAACUUCUCCACUGGGUCUCCAACAUUUGUCCCGUUUUGUUGAAUGCGUUUUUGUUUGUAAAUUGAGCUGUCGUCAUUUUUUCCCGUUCCACCUAAGCUUUUACUUUUGUAUACUUUGCAUUUAGCAGAGAUGUUAAUUUUGGUUCAAUUGUUUUAUUAUAAUUGCCUUUUAUUAAAGUUUUUAAUGUUUCGAAAAUUACACGUGUUUCUUGUUCAUUAUAUUCCGCCAAAUGGCUUUUAAAUGGUCUUUUGGGACGCUUUAGUCUGGUUUACCUUCUGUUCAGCCCGAAACAAGAACGCUGUAUUAGUAGCGUGUUGUGGGAGCCUCUAGCCCCCACAUGGUCUGGCCUCAAAGGCCUGGUGCACCACAUGGUCUGGUCUGUCUCACUGGCCUUGUGCCCCGCAUGGUCUGGUCUGUCCCACAGGCCUGGUGCUCCACAUGGUCUGGUCUGUCUCUCAGGCCUGGUGCGCCACAUGGUCUGCUCUGUCCCACGGGGCUAGUGCCCCGCAGGACAAAGGGCCUCGUUAUCCGCAGUUCCGUCCCUUACCACCAGGGGGCAUUAGUAUGACUGUCUAAUUCCGCCAUUUUCCCUAAACCAAUUGUGCAGCCGAUGUGGUGGUCGUUAAGAUGAACACUUCAGUAUGGUACCAUAGUUGGAUCUUAAGCAUACAAAAGGCCUUAAGUUGAACAACUUUCUAGAUUCUUAGUACAAUUAAACGAAAUUGUACUAAAAAGCACAUUACUAUCAAACUCAAUGCAUAGGCCUAAGUUUAGCAUUGGGAAACAUUUAAGCUUUCAGCUCAACCUAUCAAUCUAAGUUAUGUUAAGCUUCAUCAUUUGAAAGCUCUUUUAGACAAGGGGUCAACACACCAACCAUUGGCACUGAAAUGGCAUGUUUGUCAUAACCAUGUAAAUAAAACCUAAACAUGUCUUUUCUUUCUUUAUAUGACCUGUUUGCAUUGCUUUUAUAUAAAAAUCCUGGUUGCAUAUAAUGUAGGCGUCUAUUUCAAUAGGACCUUUUAUAGAUGAUAGGUUUGUGUUGGUCAAAGCAAGAGUAAAGCAGCUUAAUAAGUGUAGCGACAUGUGGAUAUAAGGCCCCUAUAUAACUACAUAACCCUAGUGCUGUUAAAUGUAAAACAGCAGAAGUAUUUUCCUCUAAAGUCGGGAAACGCGUGAGCCUGGUUCCUUUAAAGAU